AUGAGACUUGCCUUUGCUCUUGCGGUGCUUUCCGCCAUUUGCUCUCCUCUGGCAUCGGCGAUCACUGAAGCCCCAGAGGGAUAUGGCAUAGACAUUCCUGAAUGGGAGAUCGAGAUUACCCCCGGUGGCAACAGAGUCAUCUUGAACGGCACGAUUGAAGAAGCCCAUGAUGAAAUCCUCAAACUCAACCCAAAGUGGGACGAAGAAUUCCUCGCCGACUUGCCCGUCGAGGAUCAACCCGCUACACUGGUCAAACGAACCGAUUUCUACGGCGCCAAGUAUGUGUGCGGCAAGUGGACAUCUGCACGGUAUAAGCCAAUCUCCAAUGGUAUCAAGUACCUCCGUGGAAUCAAAGGUAAUCCUAGAGCUGGACCUGGCCCGAGUAAUUGUGCUCGAGUGAGCUGCUCGUACAAGUCUGCCAUCUGGUGGUGCAAUGAUUCCAAGAGCUCAAAGACUCUCAACUCCUUUGGAAGCAUUGCUGAUGGUGCUUUAUACGUGCUAGGCCACUGUACAAACAGUGGCGCUGGCAUCUCGAACCCCACGGUUGAUGGGCAGGCAUUUCAUAAAACCGACUGGAAUGUUAUCGUCAAAGGCGCUAGCUGUUAG